AUGAAAAUUGUUAAGAACCACUCACUAGAUGAGGUUUGUAUGCAAACAGGGACAGUUCUAGGUCAAAGUUUACACCGGCCAACCUGUUAUAAGAUGAGCGAACGGACGGCGAAAGUUAAAGAGAACAAAAAGAAAUCGAACAUCGAUUCGGAUGGAACAAUACAAAUUCCUGCACCAAAGGGUAUUGGGAAUAAAGAGCAUUACCAAAGGUUGAACUAUCUCAUACAAUCCUCGGCCUUCCUAGCAACACAGAUACGUGAUAAAGACGAAGCCUUGAGCCGAAACUACAUAAAAAAUAUGGAUUCUAUACGGAAGAAGAACCAGCUUGCACUAUCUCCGCACAUGAAGAGACAAGUUUGUAAGAAAUGUCAAAGGUUGCUAAUAGCAGGACGGAACCUCCAGAUGAAAAUAAUGAACGGAAGUAAGAAAAAGGGCAAGAACCUACGUAAAUCCGAUGUACUUGUGUACCAGUGCAUAUGCGGUGAAACUAAGAAGUUCCCCAUCGGUAAGGACCCUACAUAUCAAUUGCACUUAGAGAAACCAGGAAUCUUAAUUAACGUAUAA